CACGCGCGCUCCGGAGGCCCCGCCUCCUCGUGGCGCGCGUCCCCGAGGCGGCCGCGGGCACGGGCCCGGUCCGCUCGGCGUGCCGGUCCAUGGAGGCCGUGCGGAGGGCCCACGAGGCGGUGCUGCGCCUGCUGCUGUGGGGUCCCCGGGCCUCGGGCGCCGCCUCCCGCGCCAAGCCCCGCGCCUCGGAGGUGCUGACGCGGCACCUGGAGCAGCGGCGCCUGCCGCACUGGACGUCCUUCUGCGUGCCCUACCGCGCCGUCCGCAACGACCAGUUCGGCCUCUCGCACUUCAACUGGCCGGUGCAGGGCGCCAACUACCACGUCCUGCGCACCGGCUGCUUCCCCUUCAUCAAGUACCACUGCUCCAGGGCGCCCUGGCAGGACCUGGCCGCGCAGAACCGCUUCUUCACGGCGCUCAAGGUCGUCAACUUCGGUAUUCCAACUUUAUUAUAUGGACUUGGCUCCUGGUUAUUCGCCAGAGUCACAGAGACUGUGCAUACCAGUUAUGGACCAAUAACAAUUUAUUUUCUAAAUAAAGAAGAUGAAGGUGCCAUGUAUUGAAAGUGUGCUUUAGAGAAUACAGAUACAGUAUCAGUGGACUUUCUCUUGUGUGUAUGUGCAAUAUUUAUUUUUGAUCCUUUAAAAUAAAACUUUUGCAAACACUUUUUUCUUUCUCUGCUGUCUACUUCUUUAAGAUGAAUCAUUGCCCUCAAGAGGCAAAGCUUUUCAGACGUUGUUAUAUAGCACAUUCUCUGUUUCACUAAUGGCAACUAGAAACACAUGAAGCUUCCCACCAGUGUUUCCCUAGGACGAGGUUGAACUACAGACAAAAAAUGAUUAUUAUGUAUAUAGAUUCUGUAGUUGGGUGUUAGCAAUUUAAAUUGGCUCUAAAUAAAAAAUAUAGAGGCACAUAGAAAAGAGGGGGGAAAUCUUUUAUAUAAUGUCUGUGGGAAAAGUAGAGGACGUUAGGGUAUAUGGUGGAGAUAAUAUCAUUGACAAAUCCAAAAAUUGAUGAGAAUCUAAUUGCAGUGUGAAAUCUAAAUCAUUCAGCUGCCAGGAUUUUGCAUGGAGAUGUUAUAAACCUCUUGUGCCAUUUAUCUGUAGGAGAGGGUUGGGAAAAAAUGCUGGAACUUCUUGUUUAGAGAAGCUAAUGCCAUAGUAUUUUUAAAUGUAAUAACAACUCUAGUUAAUAUAAAUGCAUCAAGGUGAAUGAAAUUAAGACUUACUAAAAGUUAAAAUAGCAUCCCAAUAAAGCUAUAGCAACAAUUAAGUUCUAGAAAGACCCAGAAAAAUAAAUUUGGCAACUGUUUAUAAAAGCAAUUAACUGAAAUGGUACAUAUCCAUAGCCUUAUUGGCAAUGGGAAGUGGGCCGAAAUUUUAAAGACUUGAUGGCACUUUUGCAUUGGAAUUUUAUUAAGUUAAUUGCAUUUUUGAAAGCAAAGUCAUUUAAAAAAUUUAUCCUUGGGGAUAGUCACAAAAUACCCAGGCGAAUGGUAAAUUUCAGAAAUUUGGAGUAAUUUAGGGAGAACUAAGUAGAACUAUUUAAUUUCUAAACCAAUGGGUGUUUAAGAUUUAUGAUCUCUCCUAUAAUUACAAACAUACAUUAUAUAUCAUUUUAUGUUAAUGUGUUGCUGAUACUCUGCUACAUUCCUACAUUUUUGUAGGAAGACAUUUUAUAAAAUUGAAUAUAACCAACACUGAAUUCUUACUCCUGGCAAGUCAGUAGAGAAAGCAGAAGCAAUGGAGGUGAAAGCGCUAAAAUAAUGAACUAAUACAAACUGGCUUCCACAAAAGUAGUCAUUUAAAAUGUGCUACAGAGAGUAAACUAUUCUUCAAAUAUAUGUAGUAUUCACUUGUCUAAAAGCAAUUCUAAAUAACACUUUAAUCAAAGAAGUACUUAUGCUGAUAUAUUUAGUCCAGAAGAACAUACUUGACACCAGUUAAACGAAUGGCUUAUACAAAGGAGAUAGUGUUACAUUAAGCUUCAUUAAUAAUAAAACUGACUAUUAGCAUUUUGCAAGGAAAGCUAGAACUGAUUUCCUCUGUAAUGGACAAAGUUAAAUAACUAUAGCUCAUAAGUUUUAAGUCAAAUACUGCUCAUUCAUUGCUGCUGAUCUUGUCAAUACUUGCUGUAAAGGUUUGGUCCCGACACAAGGGGCUGAUAAAAUGGUUUUUAAUUACCAGACUAUAAAUGCAGCUUUUCGGUAGAGUUGUACUUCUUUUCACACUGACCUGUUUGAUUUCUGAUAAUUUGUACUGCUGACUCUGCUUACCUGUUUUUCAAUAGCUACGGUCAGUGUGACUUCUUGUCCAUAUGGUGAUAGGGAAGUCUCCUUGGAGAACAUCUUUGACAAACUACCAUAUUGAUCUCUGUAAUUCUUUGCUGCUUGCAGCAUUAAACAGAGCCUUGAUUUCUUGUCUGCUGUGCUCACUGUGUAACAAUUAAGCAAAUGUAAUAUUUUCUUGUAUUACAUGAAAAUCAAUAGACCUCUUGCUCUUAUGGAGUUGAUCAUGGUGAAGGAUGAACUGAACGAUGGUUAAGGGCAUAGUUCAAAAAUUAAAAUAUCAUUCACUGGAUUUAUUAAGUCUUGUAGUGAACGUUUUAGUAUGAAAAUUGCCUCCCGAUGAGCAGUAAAGGUUUAGAUUGCGUCUUUAAAGUUGUAUGUUAAGCGCCUGCCUGGCAAGCGCAAGGUCGUGAGUUCGGUUCCCGGUACCGGAGAAAAACCAAAAAAUAAAAAAAAUUUAAAAAAUAAAAAAAAUAAAGUUGCAUGUUACAUAGAAGCGUUGUGCUGUAAAAGGGAUAGAGUAUGAAUGCUGGGAUCCAGGAGGCUGAGUCUCUUUUAAGUGUCUGCUAUCUUUUUGACCUAUGGCUAAUUCUUCUGUGUCUUGGUUUUUCCACUUGUAACCUGAGAACAGAACAAGACACCUUUCUACCUUAAAAUGUAUCAUGGUUAUGCUUGUAAGCGCAAGUGUUUUAUUUUAGUAAAAGAUCUAUAUUUGAAAUCCA